AUGGUGGGAAUAUUCAGUCACGGAUUUGAAGUAUUUACAAGUGAUGUUGGAUUUAAGAUCGUUGACGACUGUAACACAAAUGUAAUUGCAAUGGAACUCAACGUCGUUUCUUUUACUCAAAAACAUAUCUUCUUGCAAAGUGACCUACUUGAUCAUCAACGUGUCGCAUAUUUAUUACCAGGUAGCACGUUUAACUUAUUACCGGGUAACGUGUUUGGAUUAAUACCAGACAGGUAG